AUACAGUCACUUCAUGUAUAUAGCUACAGUGUAUAGUAUAAGGUAAUAGGCAGGACUAUCGCUGUCCAGCAUGAUUUCAAUGCUUACGAUCAGGGUUAUGUUAGUCCUAAUGGCUAUAUUGACUGAACUUGAUGCAAAAGAAACCACUCAGGAUUUUAUCAGUAAAUAUAACAAGUACAACACCGUCUGUCGAGGAAUGGGAUACGAAAGUAGAAGCUGUAAACGAAAAGGCCAAGGAAUCAUAGCUUUCCAUGCACGAACUUCGUCCACUCUCAAAAAUAUCGGUAACCAGGCUGUUGUUGUCUUUGGGAAAGUAACUCUAAACUCUGGAUCCGCCUAUAACGGUAACACAGGGAUAUUCACAGCACCAACCGAUGGCAUCUACUCCUUCACAUGGACUAUUUUGACGCAUCCUGGGUAUUAUUUCAACACAGAAAUUGUCAUCAAUGGAAAUAUAGUUGGGUAUAACAAUGUAGAUGGAAAAAGUAACAGUUCCCAAUACGAGGCUUCCUCAGCAACAGCCGUGAUUAGAAUGAAGAAGAAGGACAAGGUUUGGAUAAGGACACAUGGGGCUGGCUCCUACGCAUACAAGUACUGGUCGUCAUUCUCUGGGUUUCAAUUGUAACUAGAAAAAAAUAAUUUGGGGAAAAAU